AGUAUCUUGCAUCGAGCAUCGAGUGUCGUGUGUAGAGUAUUGAACAAAAUUCUUAUUUACCCCUGUUUUUUGUUAUUAUGUGCAGUAUGGCUAGACAAUUCAAGAUUCCCCCCCAGGAUCGUUUCCCAGGCCAAGCAACCAACCUAUCAUCUCACAUUGGGGUGACUAGUUAGAUUGUGAAAUAGAAGCUUACUCCCACUCAGCUUGCUCUAUUCGAGAAAACGGUAUUUGGGCGAUUCAUGGACAUGGACAUUAUCGUCAACAGUUCAUUGGUCCACUACAUUCUGUUAAGAGAGGUUAUAGACGAUAGGAAAGAUGCAAUGACCUUCGAUUUGAAUGUACGGUUGUUACAUUCUCCAAAGAAGACUUCCUGUUGUAAUAGGAUUGUGGCAAUCACCUAAUCCAGUAGUUGUAAGGAGGGUUGAAGUAACUGGAUCACUACGUAAUAGGUACUUCAAUAAUGAUUUUGUGGGGGACAUUCAUAUUAGUACCUUAGAGACAGUGCACAAGGAGUCGGAGUUUGAGAACGACAUGGAUGCUUUGAAGAUGACAUUGGUCUAUUGCACUGAAUUAGGUAUGAUGGGAAGGGAGAAGAUAAGGGUCAAUGUCGACAAGACCUUAUUAAUUGAUGUGGAGGAUUUAGAUGACUUCAAUUCCAUGGAUUGGGGAAAUGUGUUAUGGAAGAGGAUGUUACUUGGACUACAAAAAGAUUUAGUGGUAAGGCAGAGAACUACAAAAAAAGGCCCAAGCACAAUAAGAAUUACAUUGUCAAGUACAACCUACCGGGGUUUCCUCAUGCAUUUUAGGCGUGGGCAUAUGAGAUCAUUUCAAUGGUUGUCGGAAAAGUUGCAACCCGACUAAAUGGACAUGUCGUACCACGAUUCCUGAGGUGGGAGUGUACAUAUUCACUGCCAACCAAAAUAAUAGUGGGAGCCGUGUUUGAGUCCAUCGAGGUUAGUUAUUACAUUACGAUUUACUUGGAUUUAAGGUGAAUGUCACAUAUAACUAACAAAUUGUUUGUUGUUUUAUAUAGACAAGGAUCAUACCCACACCAUUGAUCAUGUCCGAUAGGGAGAGACAAUAUAAGGACACUAGGGUCGACGAAUGACCCGUAUACGAGCACAUUGAUGUCGAGACGACCUCCUCAGAGACACAUAGAUCACACCAUGAUGUGGAUGCUCAUAGUAACUCCAGUGAAUACGAGAGUCACAAACAUCGGUUUCAUGAGCCAGAACUCUAAGAGCAUCAGUCUCACGAGCUCCCUACCGACGAGCACGAGAUUUAUCCUCCUCAUAACGAGUCUCAUAAGCUCCCAAUUGACGAGCAUGCACCCCCAACUGAGGAGUGAGGGGCAAAUAUAUAUGUCUAUAUAUCUAUCUAUAUUGAAUUAUAUUGAAUUGCAGAUACAGAGUGGAGUCCACCGAGACUGUUGACCCCAUUCCUCCUCAUUCCACUAAGUCCUGUGACUUUAUUCCUCCACCUUCCAUCGAGUUCCAAGACCCCAUUCCUCCACCCACCACCGAGACUAAUGACCUAAUUCCUCCACCUUCCACUAAAUCAUAUGACCCCCUUCCUCCACUUUCCACCGGGACUAGUGACCCCAUUCCUCCACCUUCCCCAAGUCUCAUGACCCUAUCCAUCUACCCUCCACCGAGCCCAUCCUCCCCUAAUCCCCAAUUAACCACUCCUCUUUCUAUGUUGCUUCCCGAUGCAUCAGCCUUCCCCCUAUUAACCCUACCACAUCUUGAGUUGCUUCCACCACAAGCAUUGAAGAAGUUCAGGAUCAAGAGCGAGCCCAUCGUGAAGAGCGAGCCUAUGAACGGUGAGAGGGAACAGAGAUGGAUAAGUAGGAAGAAGAAGCCGACACAACUGUACACCCCUCCAAUUGACACUGUAAGGGCGACAGGAAAAAAGUAGAAAUACAUUCAGCAAGGUCAAUGUCUGAUUGACAUCGUUCCCUAUGACCCGACACAUGCUAUUCAAGUGGACUUGAUGAAUGGGUUCAUGUCCUGGUUGACCAACAUGGAUAUGGGUCCUCACUGGCCGAGAAAUGAAGUCCUAUUCAAAAGGAAUUGCACGAUGACGGAGUUGUUCCGGGAGCUAACACAUAAUAGUAAUUGGGUUGAGAACGAUGUAAGUUAACAUCCCUUAUUACAUUUAUAUGCUUAUUAAUUACUAUUCCUAUUAUUUGACUUAACUUGCAAACUACAGGUUCUUGAUUCUUUAUUCAUGUUUCUCCGACGAAAAUUUAUUAGCUGGUGGAGAUAUGUGCUCAUCGAUUCACGACAUUGUCACAUGGCAUAUUGGUAUGUAGUAUAGAGGGUUUAAAUUUUAAUGUACAAUUUUGCAUUAUUGUGAAAGAGUUAAUAACAUGCAGCGGAAGUAUCAAGGAUCCAUAAGCAUUCUAAUUCACUAAUUUUGGUAAAAACUAAAGCAUGCUCUUCUAAAAAGUGGGUUUUCAGAACAUACCUUUGAUGAACUAUCCAAGAAAAUAUUUGUACAGCUGCUGUCUUCACUUGAUAUCACCGUGAACUACCUUAAAGCCUUCCCUAAUAUGCUCUUGGUGCUUUAGGCAUAGUUGUGGGACUAAAG